AUGCCUCCCAAGCCUGCUAUGAACUCAGACCUUAGUAUGAACUUCUUGCGAGAGAAACCAGAAGAUUGGUUGUUGCAGUUUGAUUAUCUCGUUUACCUGAGUGUAUCCGGAAAUCUUAUUUCGAAUUCAUUUAAAGUACCACCGUCUCUCAGGUCUCUGUCGGCUUAUGAUAACCAGUUGCAAGAUAUAAGAAUGAUGAUGGAAACCGGAAAACUAUGGAAAGUAUCUUUCGCAAGAAACAAGUUGGAAGUAAUUCGAACGGAUACAUUUAGAAACUGCAACGAACUAGCUAAAGUGGGGCUUUCUGCAAACAAGAUUUCUCAAAUCGAGCCCGGUGGUCUUAGUGUGUCUAAUUCUACCGAAAUAUGGCUGAACGACAACCCAGGUGUAGAGCUUAGUCCCGCCGCGUUUGGUGGUAGACGUUUUAAAUCGAUAUCACUCCAGGGCAAUCAUCUUACAAGUAUAGAGAGCUACACACUGGGAGGCAUGCUGCUGACUGUGUGAGUG